AUGUCGCUCUGGGCACAGCUGUCUUCUCCUGAGGUACCCCGUGUGCACAGGGUGCUGACAAUGGCUUCUGCCUGGGAAAAGAACUAUCACCACUCCGACCUGGAGAAAGCAGCAGCUUUCCUCCCCUCGCUGCUCACUGGCAGCUCCUUCAGGAGCACAGACCAUGAUCAGACUGUCCACGGAGUGCUGCUCUUUGCAGAUGUUUCAGGUUUCACAACGCUGACUGAGAAAUUCAUCCAGAAGAGGGGCAAGGACAGAGGCACUGAUGAGCUGGCGCAGACCCUCAAUGAGUACCUGUGUGAUAUUUUGGGAGAGUUCCUGGUUUUUGGAGGAGACAUCUUGAAGUUUGCUGGAGACGCUGUGCUGGUGCUGUGGAGAACAACCCCCCGGGAGCUGGCCAGGACCAUCAGCCUGGUGCUGCACUGUAGCCUGCAGAUCCAGAAGAAGUAUAGAAGGCGUGAGACAGACGUGGGCCAGGAGGUCCAGCUGAAGAUAGGGGUCUCUGCAGGGACCAUGAGCCUCUCCAUUUUCGGAGACAGGAGGCGGCAGCACCUCUGCCUUUUUGGCCAAGGCGUGGGUGAAGUUAAUGAGGCCGAAGAGCUUGCAGGUGCAGGUGACAUUGUCCUCUCAGCUACUGCCUGGGAGGUCUGUGAGCAGCACCGGCUGAGGACCAAGCACCUUGCAGGCCAAAGAGCUGUGAAGGGCCAGCCCCUGCUUUGCAACAGCUCCUCGUCCCACGCGUCCAGCGACCACCCGCCUUUUCUCUCCUCAGCUGCCAUGAGGCCGGCUCUUCUCUUGUCCAGUGAUCCCAGUGCGGAGAAGGCGUACAGGAAGUACAUACCAGCCGCUGCUCUCGGGAAGCUUGAUGAAAGAGUGCCACUGCAGCUCUUCUCUGAGCUACGGCCAGUCACCAUCAUCUUCAUCCAGCUCGUGAUGUUGGAAAUCCUGUCUCCUCACAAGGGCAAAAUCAACAAAGUCCUCCUGUGUGAUAAAGGCUGCACAUUCCUGUGUGUGCUGGGACUCACUGGAAACAAGCUGCCCUCCGAGAGCAUUCGCGCCCUGCAGUGUGCUCUGCAGAUCUACAACGCCUGCUCCACCAUGCUCGGGGAAAGAGAGGCAGUGUCCGUGGCAGUCACCAGCGGGACGACGUUCUGCGGCGUCAUCGGCCACCCCCUGAGGCACGAAUACACAGUCAUUGGCCAGAAGGUGAACUUGGCAGCCCGGAUGAUGGGGCACUACCCUGGGCUGGUGUCCUGCGAUGCAGUCACCUACGCCGCCUCGCGGCUGCCCCCUUACUACUUCAGGGAGCUGCCAGAGAGGGAGAUGAAAGGCAUCAGCCAGCCUGGGCCUGUCUAUCAAUACAUGGGCAUCACCGAGGAGGGCAUAUUUGGCUUGGGUCUUCCCAAGAAGAGGUCAGAGUACGUCCCCUUGCUGGGUCGGAAGCAGGAGACCGACCUCUUUGUCGGCUGCCUGACCGCCUACAGGGAUUUCGGCCAAGGGAACAUCCUGGCAUUUGAGGGCACGACGGGCUCCGGAAAGAGCCACUUACUUGCGGAACUGGCCUCUUUAGGCCAGGGCGCUGGCCACAGGGUGGUGUCCAUGGAGCUGCUGGAGAUCCACGUGAGGCAGUCCUUCUCUGCCCUCCGUACGCUGAUGGCCAGGACCCUGGGCCUCCAGGACUGUGGAUCGUGCAUCAAGAGGCAGCGCCUGCUGAAGAGAAGGCUGCAAGGGACAAUCGACGAGAGCAGCUAUUGCCUCCUCAAUGACAUUUUCCUUGUGGAGUUUCCCCUUUCGGACAAGGUUCGCAAGAUGCGUGAAACAGAAAGGAAAAUGGAAUUGCACUCGACUUGGAGAAAAGUGCUGGAGAAGAUGCUUGGAGGAGAAUUUGGCAUCUUUGUCAUCGACAAUGCCCACUUCAUCGACCCUGCUUCCUGGAGCAUCAUGUCAGCUGUGCUCCAAAAUGUCUCUCUCUUCAUGGUCAUGAGCUUAGCCCCGGGCUACGCAAGAACAGAGAGUUUUCACAAAGCUGCGGCAGACAGCACAACAUCCCAGAAAAUCACCUACAUUCACCUGGACAAGUUGAACACUUCAGCCGUUGUGCAAAAAGUCUGCAAGGACCUCGGAGGGUUCAGCAUCUCCAAGGAUCUGGAGAGGGUGGUGUCCAUGGAGCUGCUGGAGAUCCACGUGAGGCAGUCCUUCUCUGCCCUCCGUACGCUGAUGGCCAGGACCCUGGGCCUCCAGGACUGUGGAUCGUGCAUCAAGAGGCAGCGCCUGCUGAAGAGAAGGCUGCAAGGGACAAUCGACGAGAGCAGCUAUUGCCUCCUCAAUGACAUUUUCCUUGUGGAGUUUCCCCUUUCGGACAAGGUUCGCAAGAUGCGUGAAACAGAAAGGAAAAUGGAAUUGCACUCGACUUGGAGAAAAGUGCUGGAGAAGAUGCUUGGAGGAGAAUUUGGCAUCUUUGUCAUCGACAAUGCCCACUUCAUCGACCCUGCUUCCUGGAGCAUCAUGUCAGCUGUGCUCCAAAAUGUCUCUCUCUUCAUGGUCAUGAGCUUAGCCCCGGGCUACGCAAGAACAGAGAGUUUUCACAAAGCUGCGGCAGACAGCACAACAUCCCAGAAAAUCACCUACAUUCACCUGGACAAGUUGAACACUUCAGCCGUUGUGCAAAAAGUCUGCAAGGACCUCGGAGGGUUCAGCAUCUCCAAGGAUCUGGAGAGCCGUGUUUCACCUGAUUUUCUGUUUGCUCUGCUCCUGUGCAGGUUCCUGAUGCAGAGAAGCUCAGGGAUCCCAUAUUACUGUGAGGAGCUGCUGCGCUGCCUUCAUUCCAACAACAUGCUCUUGUUCUGCCCCCAGCGGGCUGGAAAAGCAGAGGAGGACUGGGAGGGCCUGAUCACAUCUGCAGCUGAGGCCUCAUCCCUCGCAGAAACCGGGAGCUCCAACAUGAAGAGUGACGGCAGGGUCUGCACCAUCAGGCCAGGCGUCAACCUGGAGAACACCGUGCUGCCCGUCCCCCUGAAAGAGAUCGCGCUGACUCAGCUGGAUCAGAUGAAACCGCUGAAGCAGAUGAUCUUGAAGUUUGCGGCAGUCAUCGGGCCAGUGUUUACCACCCAGCUGCUGUCGCACAUCCUUCCCACGGGUGCCCGGCAGCAGAUGAAUCCCCUGCUGGACAUGCUGGUGAGCGAGAAGAUCCUGAGGUGGCUGAAAACCCAAGAGGCACCAGAAGAUGUGCGACAUCCUCCUGAGAGGCCAGCAACGUCUUGGCAUGCAGAGAGUGGUGUGCAGACCACGGAGCAGCCGUCUGGCGCCCUGGCCUUCUGUGUCCCGCUGCUGCAAGAGGCUGCCUACGAGCUGUGGCCCCGGAGACAGCGGGUGGCCCUACACCGCAAGUGUGCCGCCUUCCUGCAGCAGCACGCACACCGAUGCGGAAGCUGCGGCCAAGGGGAGUUCGUGGCCUGCCACCGCUUCGCCGUCACCAGCAGCCAGGAGGGAGGGAGCUGUCGGGACCCUGCUGACCAGGGCAACUUGCGCAGCUGGGAGGCCUUGGUGCUGACCGGAGAGCAGCUGAGGAGGGAGAGGAUCCACGCCGCUGGGGGUACGCUCAUGGCAGAGCGCAAUCAGAGAACGGACCUGCCCAGCGAGACCAACGGGAAGCCCAAUGGUGACUGCUCCUGCCAAGCCAUCGUGGAAUCGGUGCUUGUGCCUCUGGCUCGGCACUGCCUGGCAGCGGGCGAUGCUGGCCGAGCCUUUUACUACCUUCUGGAGUCUGCGGCUGGCUACCUGCACGUCUCCAACAGCCACAUGGCCCUCAUGAAGCUCAAUGAAGCAGAGGUCCUGAGGAAGACCAAAGAAAUUGUGACAGCCCGCUUUGAGGAGGCCAUCUUCUUCAGCCUCAAAGGGGAGGUCUGCUGCCAUAUGAACCGCCUAAAGCUGGCAAAGAAGAUGAUCAGGAAGGCUUUGAGCCUGCUCAAGCGGCACUUCCCCCGGAGCUCCUUAGGAGCCUUCAUCAAGUCUCAGGUGGAGAAGUUGCCGUGUGCCGCCUUUGUCAGAAGAGCAGCCUCCCUUCCGCAGGAGAUCCGGAGGAAGAGGCUGGCCUCGCUGCUGCGGCAGAGCUGCUGCCUUUCCUUACUGGAGCAGGUCUUCCGCCUGGAGGGCACGUCCCGCGGACGGAGGUUCUCCGACUUGGCAGCGCGCAUGAAGGCCAACACGGACAGGGAGGCAGACUCCUAUCAGGCAGCAGACUCUGGUCACCCCUAG